AUGGAGGAAUUUGCACCUCUAGCCGUUGAGGCAGCGCCAUGGGACACGCUCCAAGAGAAGCUCCGUACCCACUACGCGCCCAAGCUGUCUAAAAUUGCUGCCCGCCAUGCCUUCUACCACAGGAACCAGGCCGAGAGGGAGUCCAUCAGCAAUUACCUCGCUGCUCUCAGGAAGGCCGCCCUACAUUGUGAGUUCCGGGACCUUGACGACGCCCUGAUGGAUCGAGUCGUCUGCGGAAUCCGGAACAUCCGUCUGCAGCAGCGCCUCCUCGCCAAGCCGGACCUCACGCUACAGAAGGCCAUGGAGGAGGCCGCAGCCGCAGCUGCAGAAGCUGCUGAACUCUCCGCCCAGGAGAUCCGCAAGGCCAGCAGCCCACACUCCACUAAGAAGCCAGUUCUAACAGAAGGCGAGGUUCAAUCUACACCACCCUCACAAGCGGCGGAUGUGGAUCCUAGCCAAGCCACGUCAGAGGUUCAGCAGGGCCCCCCAGAGUCUAGUGCCACUGCUGUGCCUGACCAUCCGCCCAGUCCGCACAUGGCGGUUCCUUCAGCAGUUACGGAGACAGGAAACUUGGACUCACCACCAACAUCGGUGGCGCCACAGUCUCAGCAGGAAUCGGCCAACCCCCUGGACACUGGUACUGGCCCUCGGCGUUCCACCAGGGUCACCAAGCGGCCAUCCUACUUAUGGGACUAUCUUCUUAGGCUCCUUCGUAAACCUGAUUGUCUGCCUGGAGAUAUCUGCUCGUCCUGUCCUUCCCUACAUUGAGGUCGCCAGACAAGAGGGACAAGGUCUACAUCAUGGCCACAAAAACA